AGUUGCUGGUGGGAGGUACUGGAGGUUGUCAAUCUCUCUCUCUCUCUCUCUCUUGAGCCAUUUUAGCGCCUCCCUUUUUUUGGCGCAAAGCUUUUGCAGGAAUCAAGCUUGCACUUAAAAGAUAAGGAGAGAGAAAUUAUGAGAGGGAUGGAUUAUUAGGGCAUGUGCUUGUUGUUGUUUUUGUUUUUGUCUUUGCUUCCUAUUUAACCCUAUCGCUUCUCUGUAUUUCCAUUCCAAAUACCUUUCCUUUUUCUUUUUCCUCUUAUACUUUCUUUUCCUUUCCUCGGGAUCUGAUCUCUCUCUCUCUCUCUCUCUUUCUCUCUCGACAACUAUCAGACAGUUCUCGAGGGUACUAUCGUUUGAAGUUCAGUUCAAUUCCCGAGGAUCACUUUUGUUCUAUCCUAUCUUUCUUGUCCCUCUCUUUCUUUCUGUGUUUUUUUGUCAGGUUCGUUGGGCUUGUGAAAAAGUUUAAAGCAAGAGUGACGAAAGCUAUCUUAAAGUCUUUUGUCUUUAAGCUGUCUGGUGGAUACGAGGUUGGGUUCUUCCAGAUCGGAGAAGGUUGUGCUGUUGGAAGAUUAUCAAGGUUUCAAGUUCUUGGGAAAAUAUGAAUGCCUUUUCACAUGUUCCCCCAGGCUUUAGAUUUCAUCCAACAGAUGAAGAACUUGUUGAUUAUUACCUCAGGAAAAAGAUUGCCGCUAAAAGGAUUGAUCUAGAUGUCAUCAAAGACGUUGAUCUCUACAAAAUUGAACCUUGGGAUCUUGAAGAGUUGUGCAAAAUAGGAACUGAAGAUCAGAAUGAAUGGUAUUUCUUCAGCCAUAAAGACAAGAAGUAUCCAACUGGAACUCGCACUAAUAGAGCUACAAAAGCAGGAUUCUGGAAAGCUACGGGAAGAGAUAAGGCUAUUUACGCUAGGCAUAGCCUUAUUGGCAUGAGAAAGACUUUAGUGUUCUAUAAAGGACGAGCCCCUAAUGGUCAAAAGUCAGAUUGGAUCAUGCAUGAGUAUCGACUGGAAACAAAUGAAAAUGGAACACCUCAGGAAGAAGGAUGGGUGGUAUGUAGAGUGUUCAAAAAGCGAAUGGCAGCAGUGAGGAAAGUGGGGGACUAUGAGUCACCAUGUUGGUAUGAGGAGCCAGUCUCAUUCAUGCCUGAAAUUGAUUCCCCAAGGCGAGUUUCUCACCAAUAUACACCUUACCACCACCACUAUCCUUGCAAGCAAGAGCUUGAGUUGCAAUACAGUAUGAAUAUGCCUCAUGAUCCUAAUUUCCUCCAACUCCCUCAAUUAGAAAGCCCCAAAGUUCCUCAAUCAGGUGCCAGUCUAAGUUGUACCUCAGUUGUCCCAUAUGGCUUCGAUAGGAACAGUAAUGGAAGCGCUUUGCAGUCUUCAACCCUUACACAAGAAGAACACAUGCAACAAAGCCAUCUUAGCUCAUUUUAUAGUAACAAUGAAGCGGUGGAUCAAGUGACCGAUUGGCGAGUCCUUGACAAAUUUGUGGCAUCUCAGCUCAGCCAUGAUCAAGAUGCUUCAAAGGAAACGAAUUACUCCAACGCCCAAGCUGUGUUUCAUGUGGCAGAACACAUGAAUAUGUUAUCCAAUGACUCCAAAAGGCCAGAAAUUACAGAAGAGUUUGCCUCAACAUCUGCCUCAAGUUGCCAAAUUGAUCUGUGGAAGUGAAAAUAUUAUACUAUCAUAAUUAGAUGAUGCAUACUAAUCAUAGGAAGUACAAUUUAAAAGGAAAGAAAUAUUGAUCCAGGUUUCUGUACAUAAUAAAACUAAAAUGGUAUUGCUUUAGCUAUUGGUCUAUAUAUGGUGCCCUUUGUAUUGAUUAAUACUGGGCAGCUAGGUAGACCAAAUAUACCCUACGAUGAAUAAGCUAGUAUUUCUAUGUGAACUUAUGGCCGAGAGCUGUUUGGAACUAACUCGGUGAAUGUUGAAUGUAAUUUGCCUUAUUACAGCUUAUUUUUCAUUUUGAAAAGUUUAUGUACACCCUUGGUCUAAUUGUUUCAUAAGUAUGUUCUAUUUCUUACAUGA